CUUGCCUAGUCUCUGACGUUUGGCUUUCUCCACUCUUUGGAGCGUUCUCCAGUCUCCCUCCCUCCCUCUCUCUCUCUCUGAAUCUCCGAUAAUCACUGAUCCAUUCCGUGGUUAGGAGAUGAGCAAGCCAUGGAAGAAACGCAAGGAGCUGGAUGAACAUCGCUACUGGAACCACCCAGACGAGCAAGAUAAGCAUUUCUUCAAGGUUAUGAUUGGCGACUUCCAUGAGAAAAUGGUCAUACCAGAUAGGUUUGUCCAACAUUUCAGGUGGCAAACAGGACGAACUAUUAAGCUAGCAUCACGCCAUGGUUACACUUUUGAUGUUCAGAUUACCAAGAAUUUGGAGAAACUAGUCCUUGAUUCGGGAUGGAAGGCGUUUGCUCGUGCCCAUGACUUGAGAACGGGGGACUUUCUUGUGUUCAAGUAUGAUGGCCACUCUCAACUGAAGGUUUUGAUCUUUGGGCCGAGCGGUUGCGAGAAAAUUCAGGCAUGCAAUCUCAAGAAAAAUGCUGCUCCUGGUAAAGAAUGGUGGGGAAACACUGCUGGCUUUGUAAACACUUGUCAUGAUCUUCCCAUGAAAUUUCCACAUAGUGGAAGACAAAUUAGGCCAAGCAAGGAUACCUCAAGGCAGGGGAAUGAUAUCAUCAAUGUCAGCUCGUCGAGCUCUGCUUCAGAUUCAGCAGGAGGUAUUUCAUCUUCAGAAGAUGAUCAUUCCCUGCCAGGUUGUAUCCUCGCAAAUGGCACCCUCUUGAAUCUAAAUGAGGUGCAGAAGAAGCAACUUAAAGAAAAACUCAGAGCUAUUAAUUCCGAAAUCCCCAUUUAUGGGUGUGUCAUAAGGAAGAGUAGUAUUUACGGAGCAACCCGUAGCCUUGAUAUAUCAAGAAAAUAUGCUGAAGUAUACCUUCCAUUUAAGGAACAAAUGCUGACCCUUCAGCGCCAUGGCAAGAAGUGGGAAGUGCGUUGUCGUGUUAAGAAGAACAAAAACAAAAGGCUCAUGAGAGGAUGGAAGCAUUUUGCGCGUGGCAACAACUUGACGCUCGGAGAUGCCUGCCUCUUUGAGCUACUAAGAAACAAGAAGAAGUAUGUGAUGAAUGUCCAUAUCAUUCACAAAUCCCUUUACAAGAGGAAAUGCACAUCUGAAGGAAAGCUGGCCACAUGAUUCAGUAAACAGAAGUAGUAAAAGGAGUUUUGGGUAAGGCCAGAAGAGUGGAGCACUGAAGCAAAGAGCUCAGAGUUCAUAAUAGAGCUUAAGUCCAGCUAGUUUCAGCUGCCUUUUGUGUUAUCAUGGAUGUGAUACUCUUAAGACCAUAUGUUUACCUUAUGUUUAAGUGGAUGAACUGUAGUGUCGGACAGGACAAUAUUAUGUUAGAGGUUAUUGCGCGGAUGUAGUGUGGGUUAUGUCAGGACAGAGUUAC